AUGUGGAGCCAAAAGAAACCAAGUCCUCCCUCUGACCAGGGUCAAGCUGUAGCUGUUAUCAUUUUUGUUCUCGGUGUUGGAACCCUGCUUCCCUGGAACUUCUUCAUUACAGCCUCCAAGUAUUUCAACGACCGCCUCAAAGAAUCAAACGCCGUCACUAACAGCACAUCAGGCGUUGCGUUGAAAGAAUACAACUAUGACAGCUGGAUGGCUUUGCUCUCCCAGCUGCCCCAGCUCCUCUUCUCUCUGCUCAACUCUUUCCUGUAUCAGAGGGUGAAGGAGCGUAUCCGGGUGGCCUUCAGCAUGAUCAUCAUCUUACUCCUUUUUUCCCUCACCGCUGGGCUGGUCAAGGUCGAGAUGCAGCCGGACACCUUCUUUUCGGUCACCAUGGCAACCAUUUGGUUCAUCAACAUGUUUAGUGCCGUUCUGCAGGGCAGUCUGUUCGGUGUGGUGGGUCUGUUUCCUCCUCGUUACAGCACUCUGUUUAUGAGUGGUCAGGGUCUGGCUGGGAUCUUUGCUGCUGUCGCCAUGCUCUGCUCCAUUUUAAGUAAACCUGAUAGACACUCCGCUGCACUGGGAUACUUCAUCACGCCGUGUGUGGCCACGCUGGGGACUCUGCUCUGCUACCUGCUGCUGCCACACCUGGAGUUUGCUCAUUUCUAUCUGAAAAGAAGUCAGUUUGAUGCAUUGGAGACAUCCCAUAAGCUCCUGGACAUCACGGACGUAAAAGCCUUAAACAGCAAUGGAAAGGAUGUUGAGGCCAACGAUAAGACGUGCAGUGAUUCAGACGAGGGUCAGGAGCGUUCUUCUGUCUUCGCUGUCUUUAAAAAGAUCUGGCUGAUGGCUCUGUGUGUAACAUGUGUCUUUGCUGUGACACUGUCGGUGUUUCCUGUCAUCACAGUCCGAGUCCAGACGGUCUACCCAAACCCCAACUGGGAGAAAGUGUUCACGUGUGUUUGCUGCUUCAUCGUUUUUAACGUUAUGGACUUGGCCGGUCGCAGCGCUCCCUCUCUCCUGCAGUGGCCGUCGAAGGGGAGCCGCCUGUUUCCUGUUGCUAUCUUGUCUCGUCUGGUCUUCGUCCCUCUGAUCAUGAUGUGUAACAUCAAGGACUCCAAACUCAUCUUCCUCAGUCACGACUGUGCCUUCGUCAUCAUCAUGGCUCUGUUCUCCUUCUCUAACGGCUACCUGGCGAGUCUCUGCAUGGCCUACGCUCCACAGUUGGUGCGAUGCAGAGACUGUGAGACGGCGGGCUCUCUCAUGACCUUCUUCCUGGUUCUAGGCCUGGCUCUGGGAGCAUCUCUGUCAUUCCUGCUGGGUAAACUGGUUUAAAGUAGUGUCUCACUGCGCAGCAACUCCUAGAGACU